GCUUUGUGCGGGUUAUUGUAGAGGGAGAAAUAGAGGAAGGGUUUUUGUGUUUGUGUUAGUGACGCCAAUCAGCUUUUAAAAUAAAUGUAUCCGAACUCCAAACGGGUGCCCUUCUUUCGUGUGGUUCAUCUGGUGUUCUCCCUGCACUAGAAAGAUCAGCCCGCUCCUUCUUUUUCCUUCUCAAUACCCUGCACUGUCGCUGUGCUGAGAUACAAAGGACGUUGGGUCAACCUCUUUGUUAAGGACUUCAUGUCUGUAUUUUUCCCCAUUCAUUGCCCUGAUUAUUUGAGAUCAGCUGACAUGACUGAGGUGAUGAGUGCUCCAUCUAUGGAUGAGAUUGGCUUAAGCCCCCGCAAAGAUGGCCUAUCCUAUCAGAUUUUCCCUGAUCCUUCGGACUUUGAUCGUUACUGUAAGUUGAAGGACCGUCUCCCUUCCAUUGUGGUAGAGCCAACAGAAGGAGAUGUGGAGAGCGGAGAGCUUAGAUGGCCACCGGAGGAGUUUCUGGUCCAGGAAGAAGAGGAAGAAAACUGUGAUGAAGCAAAGAAAGAGAACAAGGAGCAAUAAAUGGCACAGAGUCUUCUGUACAACUUAAGAUGCUGUGUCGUCUUGAGGAGGGAGAACAACUGUUCAGAAGUGUCUUUUUCUACAAAAGACAUUUAAUUUUGCAUCUGCAAGAUCUUAGUUUUUUCAUAUUCUCUAUUGAGAACUGAAGUGCUUGACGUGACAAUCUCCAGCUGAAACGAAAGAAGAAAGUUGGAUAGGGGGGAAAUAUGGCUGCUCUUCUCAAGAUCACUGUUGAAUUUUGCUGAGGUUAUCUGGGAUGGUCAUGAAAGAACAGGGCGCUUGGGUGGGGGUGAAACAGGCAGGAAGCACGCUUUUUUUGAAGUGUGUAGAGUGGAAGAAAUGACUACCAAGGGUAAAAUGCAGCUGCAUUUCUGUAAGGAACUGUCUCUGGCAAGAAAAGCUUGAGAAUAGUAUUCAUCUCUCAAAACUUUGCCUUCUUAUACUGCUUUUCUUGUGGGUGUAUGUGUGCGCGUGUGUGUACACGCGCUCGCGUGUGUGCGUGCAUGUGGGGAUUGGGAGAUAUGGUAACAUGCCACUCAAAUGCUCCAGUGACAUUACUAAGGCUCUGCUGAGCAGCAUGGUGGAACAAUGGAUCUUUCACAUAGUUUUUAGUCCAGGAUCCUCCUAAAGUCACACAAUUUCUUGUAGGGAUGCUCAUAUUUGGCAUUGGCUUACCCAGCCUGUUACACAAAACCUAAGUUUUCUUUCUCCCCCUUCCACCACUCUUUCUUAACAUGCCAACUUUGCUACAUUAAACACCUUUUUCUCAGCAUACCAUUGCUGACUUUGGGAAUAGACCUUUGCCCCUUCCUCUGCAGUAGCCUUGUUUAUCCUGCACUAGGUAACAAGCAAGUAGUCUCAGGUGCAACCUUAUGCAAGUUUGGACAAUAAAGGGCCUACAGCUUGCUGCAAAAUAUUCUGCUGACGGAGGCAUGCUUGAGUUGUGGGCCUUUUUUCUGCCUACAUCUGUAUAGGAUUGCCCCUUUUAUUCUAACGACAAUUUUGGCCAGUGUUAAAAAAUUGCAAGAGUUUUGCCAUAAAGAUAAUUUAGGUAUAUUUCAUUUUUGUUUUCUGGUCCCCAGAGGUGCAGUUAAGCCUUCUUGCCAAUGAUCCAAAUACAUCUGGUUGUGCUGAGAGGUCAGCAGCUUUGGUUGCAGAUGGGUUACGUGGCUUCAUCAUCAUAUACAAGUGCUAUUUGAUGGAUUCACAGGAAGCAAGCUGGGCCACCAAAUAGGAUGAGCCUAUUUGUAGCACUGACCUGAAAACAGGAGUAAUUGUUGAAAGAAAGCAGGUCUUCUCUUCAGAAAAAAAAAAAAAUACAAGUAUUACAGUUUCUCAGUAUUGUGGAAGAAAUGAUACAUUAAACAAACGCAUGUUUCUGUUUGAGUUACUGAUGGGGCCUAAAUUGUGAGUUCCAGUUUUCCAGUAAUAACAUUCACUCCUUUUGUCCUAUUUAUUCUCUUGUAGGAAGAAAAGCAAACUGCAGGAUAAGCUAAAUUUGCUGUUUUCUAGGGAAAGCAGGGCCUUGACCAUUCGGUAAAGCCUCUUUUUGUAUGAAAGGACCACUCUGUGUGAUGGAAAGCCAAUGAUUUACCUUUUAAUUAUGGAGACACUAAUGUAAUUCACACACAUCAUGGCCUUAACAGGAUAUUCAGAGUAAUCCCUCAUCUCCCAGGUCCCUUUGCUUAUUGGCUUUUUUUUUUUUUUUUAAGAAACCUAUUGGGACUUCAUGUGUAUAUAUUUGUAUUUGAUACCUCAUGAGUAGUAAAAAUGCUGGUAAGGGGUUAGGGAAUUUGCUUGUUAAAAUCAGCAGGAUUCUUUUUCCAGUCUUGUCUUGCUUGUGUUUUUCAACAUAAUGGCAAUAACUUUUUUUAACACCUGUGAGUCAUUGUUACAUGUGGGUGUGAGGUUGCAGAUUAUGGCCUGAGUCUUUCUUUUUCUUUUUGAGUAUAAUAAUGUAGGGAUGUAGUUGGGUGUUCUUGUGUGUUCCUUUGGCAGCCAAGAACCUGUACUACCUGUCCUGGUGGAUAUUCUGGCAUCAGUGAAAACCUGUCUCGUGUCCUUACCUGGCCAAGGUUGUUUUAAAACUGAUGGAUUCAGCUGUUUUUUGAUUGUGUACCCUGGACAUGUGUUCUCGUCCUGCUAUUCAGUAGAAUGAGCUAUUACACCUGCACACAACUUUGAAUUUCCCUACUUUUUUUCCAACCAAAAGUUAUUUUUGUUUCCAAUUUUUUGUCCCAGGUUUGAAGUUGUCAAAUGUUAACCACUCAGAAAAGCAAAACUCCUUAAUGCUUGCAGUCAGAGUGGAAAUGCUGUUUGUCUUUUAAAUAUUUGCAUAUCCCUUUUCUGCCUCUCUUUAUUUUUUAAAUUGUUGCUUGUAUUUGUCACUCUUGAAUGUGUCUGAAGAACAAAGCGCUCCAGCUGAACUUCUCCAGUUGUAUAUUAAUAUUACAUUCUAUAUUUCUGUAAAAAUUCUUUUUUGAGCCUCAGGGAAAAAGCUAGCAUUUUUUUCAAACUACUUUUGUCACUGUGACAGUUGUAAAUAAAGUUUGAAAAUGCUUUCCAA